AUGAAUCUCCUUGGGAAGUAUUUUUUGGUGCUACGGCCGGCCCGUAGACUUUUCCAUACUUGCUCUUUUGUAAAGAAUGCUAAUACUUAUUCCACUUUCCACCACCAGAAGCCCACAAUUUAUGCAUUGUCAACAGCACCAGGCAAAGCAGCAGUAGCUAUCAUCAGGGUGUCAGGCCCGCAAUCAGCAUUUAUUCUAAGUUCCUUGACCAAUGGGAAAAAAUUACCUAGUCCACGGGCAUCCGCAUUGCGUAAAUUAUAUACUCCAGGAACUUCGUCCCAAAAAUUGUUGGACCAUGCUUUGGUGAUCCUUUUCCAAGGCCCAAAAUCGUUCACCGGUGAGGACUUGUUGGAAUUACAUUUGCACGGAGGUGUUGCCACCGUAAAAUCAGUCUUAUCAGCCAUAAAGAGUCUAAAUGAUAAUGAAAAAGGAAGGUUUAUCAGAUACGCGGAAAAUGGUGAGUUCACCAAACGGGCGUUUCAAAAUGGCAGACUCGAUUUGACGGAAGCUGAAGGUAUAAGAGAUAUGAUUGAUGCGGAGACAGAGUCUCAAAGAAUGGUCGCAAUUAACUCAAUGGAAGGCUAUAACAAGAAAUUUUUCACCGGGUUAAGAAAAGAAAUAGUCCAUAAUUCUGCAAUGUUGUCGGCUUUAAUUGAUUUUGGGGAUGAUUAUGAAGUUGACGAAGUUGACACUUUGAUGAAUAACGUUGCUAAAAAAAUUGAAUCAAUACAAGGGGAAUUGCUAGAAUACUUGAAGAAAGCUGAAAAAACCCAGAUAUUACUAGAUGGUGUUAAAACCGCGUUACUAGGUCCUACAAAUGCUGGUAAAUCUUCUUUGUUAAAUCAGAUUGCUAAUAAAGAUGCUGCUAUUGUCAGCAAUAUCGCGGGGACCACUAGAGAUAUCAUAAAUUUCCCGCUAGAUAUCAAUGGGUACAAGGUGAUUGUUAGUGAUACUGCGGGAAUUAGAUCCGCGGGCCAGACAAAUGAUAUUAUUGAAAUUGAAGGGAUCAAAAGGGCAAAGAAAAAGGCUUUAGAAAGCGACUUGAUUUUGAUAAUUCUUCCUGCAGAUUUGGAUAUUAAGCUUAUUGAACCAGCUUUCAUUGAAUAUGUGAAACAAUUACAAAGUUCGUCUUUCAAUAAACAGAUAAAGUUGAUUAUAAACAAGACCGAUUUGAUCGAUAAUAAAGAAAAGUUACGAGAAAAGUAUGCAGAAAGAUUCAACUUAUCUGAGGAUUCAAUAAAAUUCAUUUCUUGCUUAACAAGAGAGGGAAUAGACGAUUUGGUAUCUGAUUUGACGAAAAGUUUCAAACUCAUUACAGAAUCCGGGGAUGCAGAUCCUAUAGGCCUAUCUGAGCGGUCUCGUGAUAUAAUCGCUAAUGAUAUAUUGUUUGGGUUCGAAGAAUUUUUCAGAGCUAAAGAUCAAGGGGAUGUAGUUAUGGCAUCAGAAGCCUUGAACUUGUCUAUUGAAGGGAUUGGGAAGAUUACUGGUGAAGCUGUUGGUGUUGAAGAAAUUCUUGGGGUAAUUUUUUCUACUUUCUGCAUUGGUAAAUAG